CGAUUGCGGUUGCACGCGGAGGUCAAAAUGGCGACGCGCUACAUGUGAAGGGUCGGAACCGGUGUCGGUGAUCUGCUUCAAAAUCAUGUAUAAAUCGCCAUGUAGUCGUUUGUCAGGUUUGAUUGGUGCUAGUUUGAAGCAGAAACUUCUCCAAAAUGUUCCUCGAUGCAACUACAGCACCCGGACUAUCAUAAAGCUCUACAGGAGAGACCCUUCAGACAGGCUCACGUACCAGCAUCUCAACUUCCUCAAACGACAGUAUGUCACAAAGAACAGAAAUGGGCUACGGCAACGUGCUGUCCCAAAGCAGCAACCUGUGGUGACCAUCCUGGAGGAGGCUGAGGAUGCAGUGGAGCGACAGGUGCAGAGGAUACCCACGAUAGGCCCAGAGCAGGAGGAGCUGUCUGCUGAAGCAAAGCCCAAAGUCUCCUCUGUAGACCCUUUAACCAGAGAUGCAGUCAAACCAGAGGCAUCCAGUGAAGUGGGGACAACAGAGGAGGCGCCACAUAUUCAGGAGGAGACUGAGCUGUCCAAGGUGGCACGACUCGACCGACAGUGGAAAGAGCUGAAGGUGGAGCUGAGUGACCUGCCUGAUGUGUAUGCCAGACUGGCCAAAAUCAAACUUACAGCCCUGGUGGUUACGACAGCUGCAGCAGGAUAUGCAAUGGCACCAGUGCCCUUUGACCCUCUCAUCUUCUUUGUCUCAUCUUUGGGAACGUUCCUCGCCUCCUGCACUGCCAACUCCAUCAAUCAGUACUUCGAGGUCCCAUUUGACUCCAACAUGAACCGCACCAAGAACCGCCCCCUGGCUCGAGGACAAAUCAGUCCUCUUCACGCAGUCUCGUUCGCUGUGGCGUGCGGCGUUCCUGGCAUCGCUCUGCUCACUCUGGCUGUGAACCCGUUGACCGGUUUUCUGGGAGCACUUAACAUCGUCUUAUACACCUGCUUCUACACGCCGCUCAAGAGGCUCAGCAUCUGUAACACCUGGGUGGGGGCUGUAGUGGGCGCUAUACCCCCCGUCAUGGGCUGGACCGCAGCCACAGGUGCUCUGGAUCCUGGUGCUUUGUUGCUGGGUGCCUUCUUGUUCAGCUGGCAGUUCCCCCACUUCAACGCCCUCAGCUGGAACCUGAGGGAGGACUACUCCAGAGGGGGCUACCGCAUGAUGUCAGUCACCCACCCGGCCAUGUGCCAACGGGUGGCGCUGCGUCACAGUGUGGGGCUCAUCGGCCUGUCCGCAGUGGCCCCCGUUGUAGACCUGACCACAUGGACUUUCCCCAUUAUCUCUCUGCCCAUAAACCUGUACAUCAGUUUCCUGGCCUUCCGCUUCUACCGCAAAGGAGACCGCAACAGCGCUCGCAAGCUGUUCUUCUGCAGUCUGUGGCACCUGCCCAUGCUGCUGCUGCUCGCCCUCACAUGUAAGAAGCCGCGCCCACGUCAGGACUCCUCCACACCAGACUCUACCCCCGUCCUUGUGUGAAUGAAGCACUGUAAAAGUAUGUGUGACCACCACCAAGGCACCACUCGCACUCAGGGGGACACAUGACAGACAUAUGAGUUUAAUUCAAACCAGUGGUGCUCAGGAAAUGAGCUGCAAAUGUUGUGGAUCAAAACAGCUGAUUACAGAAACACCCUGAAUUAUUACAGGCCCUAAUGAUUUCAAUGUGCCCUGUGUAUAUUCUGUAUUUAUUUAUAGAGGUCACCUCCAGUUCCUCUCUGUGUUGUACAGGAUUCAGUUACACUGUAAAGUGUCCAUAUUGCAUUGUUCAAAUGCAGAAGAGGAUGUCGGAUAUUAUGUGGUGUUUUAGAUUAGACAGUGGAAAUAGGAAUGGAUGUGUAUUUUCUGAGCAGCUACACUUUACACAAACUUUUCCGGUUACUUGACACAGAGAAAGCCUCAUUGUGCUUUGCUUAGAGCUGCUGCACUGAUGUGCCCUUAUGCAUUAACAUGUUGGUUUUAUUCUGCUUGUUUUGCUUCUACCAAAUCCUCCUGUAUCAGCCAGGACAAAUGCUAUACAAUAAAUGUAAUUUAACUGUU